AGUGAUUAAAACCAGACAUCGUUAGUGUCAGCUUUGACUGAGUUAUAAAGAAGUUGGUGAAAUAGUUUCUGAAACAUUGCCGUAAUUUUCCAUCAUGUCAGGUUCAGAGCUUGUGAAGAGUCAAUCAGAGAGUCCAUGGGUUGAAUAUGGAGAUCUUGGUAUAAAUUAUGAUCCAGUUAACCUAUGUAAAGGUUUCCCUGACUUCCCUCCGCCUAAUUUUGUGGUUGAGGCCUUAAUAAGUGCCUCAAAAAAUCCUGCAGCUCAUCAGUACACAAGACAAUAUGGUAACCCUAGAUUGGUUAAAAUACUGUCAAAGAUGUACGGUCAAUUAAUUGGACGACCAAUUGACCCAUUCAAGGAAAUAUUGAUAACGAUUGGUGCAUAUGAAGCUCUUUUAUCUGCUUUUCUCGGUUUGAUUAAUCCUGGUGAUGAAGUUAUUAUCAUUCAACCUUUUUAUGAUUGUUAUCCUCCAAUGGUUGAAAUGGCUAAGGGAAUACCCGUUUAUGUAUCUCUUAAGCCGCCGGCUGACUAUGAACAUAGACCAGUUUCAAGUGCGGAAUGGAAGUUAGAUUUUCAGGAAUUGGCUUCAAAAUUCAAUGAGAGGACCAAAAUGAUCGUUGUCACCACACCAAAUAAUCCAACUGGAAAGGUUUACUCAAAGGAAGAAUUGCUUGAAAUAAGUAAACUUUGUCGCAAAUUCGGAACAAUAGCAUUGAUGGACGAGGUUUAUGAAUGGAUUAUCUAUGACAGUGCGAAACACGUUAGAAUGGCGAGCUUACCUGAAAUGUGGCCGUACACAUUAACCAUUGGAAGUAUUGGAAAGACAUUCAAUGUUACUGGCUGGAAAAUUGGUUGGGUCUAUGGUCCAGCAAAUUUGAUUAAUCCUUUACAAAUCAUCCACUCAAACACAGUUCAUACUUGUCCGACACCAAUUCAAGAGGCUUCGGCCAUUGCACUGGAAAUUGAAUUCAGUCGACUCGGAAAACCAGAUUCUUUUUGGAAACAAACAUCAAACGAACUGCAAGCUAAAAGAGAUUUAAUCGUAAACUAUUUACAAUCAGCAGGAUUCAACCCAACAAUCCCGGAUGGUACCUACUUUAUUGUGGCCAGUUAUCAAAACAUCGACUGGCCAUCCUCCAAGGUGAAUUAUACUGAAAAAAGUCCCGGUGACAAAUUUGCAAAAUGGCUUUGCAUUGAAAAGAAACUUUUAACGAUGCCAAUGUCUUACUUCUAUGCAAAUCCAAGCAAGAAUGAAGGAAAAAACUGGGUUCGGUUUUGUUUCUUCAAAACAGAUUCGACAAUCCAUGAUGCCGGCAGAAUAUUGCGCCAAAUGAAAUUAAAAUUGAAUUCCAAGCUUUGAAGAGAAAAAGCUUUUAAGCCUUAAACUGGUGAUAUAGAUUCUGACACUUGGCAAUUAAACACAGCUCUGAGACUUGGGAUUUAUGAACCAAUAUCAGCAAAGUUAUAAACCAAUGAUCCAAGCAUUCCGCAAUUUGGGAAAUUUUAACUUUUAAAAAAUUAAAAUGAAAUUGAUGUUCAUCAGGA